AUGGAUUAUGAUAUGCAGGGUGCUCAGAACUAUGGCCCAGGACCACAAGGCUCUGGAUUUGGUGGCAAUGGUGGUGGAAAUAGUGGACAAGAGUACGUAGUUUUCGAUAGGUCCACUGAGGGGUUCUCUAAAGGCACUUUGGAUAGAUCUACUGCUGCAAAAUUGAAAUUAGAACACUUUUAUAAAGUUACUUUGGAUCAGGCAAGAGAACGUAACGACCGACGUAAUGAACUUGAAAAAAAGCUUGAAAGAGAGGACUGUUCGGAAGAACGAAAGAACAGGCAACUUCAGUCACUUGGACUGAUUGGUAAAGGCGCGUUCGGUGAGGUUAGACUUGUUCAAAAAACUGAUAAUGGGAAAAUAUAUGCUAUGAAGACGUUAAGAAAAGCAGAUAUGUUUAAGAAAGAUCAGUUGGCCCAUGUAAGAGCCGAACGCGAUGUUCUUGCCGAAUCAGAUUCUCCAUGGGUGGUUCAAUUAUAUUAUUCUUUCCAAGAUUCAUCAUAUCUUUAUCUUAUUAUGGAAUUUUUGCCUGGAGGUGACUUGAUGACCAUGCUGAUUAAAUACGACACUUUCUCGGAAGAUGUAACAAGAUUUUAUAUUGCUGAAUGCGUCUUGGCCAUUGAAGCAAUCCAUAAAUUAAAUUUCAUUCAUAGAGACAUUAAGCCUGAUAAUAUUUUGAUUGAUAAAGAUGGUCACAUCAAAUUAUCUGACUUCGGUCUUUCUACCGGCUUUCACCGAACACACGACUCUGCAUACUAUCAACGACUUUUGGAUGGGAAUCUCAAUAGUGGAGCUGGUCACAGACCAUUAGGCAGUGAGGCUAAUAUCAAUUUAACAUUGUCAAGUAAAGACAGAAUCGCUACAUGGAAAAAAAAUCGAAGAGCUUUG